AUGGCCCCCGUGAACGGCCAUGCCUCGAAAUCUCAACAGGCCGCCCAGCGCCGCAUCGAAUACCACGAGGCCGACAUUGUGAUCGUCGGUGCCGGUGUUCUGGGAUGUGCCCUGGCUGUUGCACUGGGAAGACAAGGGCGAAGCAUAAUCCUGCUGGAAAAGUCUAUGAAGGAGCCCGAUCGCAUUGUUGGCGAAUUGCUCCAGCCCGGAGGCGUGCAGGCGUUGGAACAGCUUGGCUUGCGCGAUUGUCUCGAGGAGAUCGACGCGAUUGAGGUGAAAGGAUACUACGUGACAUACUUUGGAGAACCCGUUCAGCUCGAGUACCCCAAGGACACCCCCUCGUCGCCCGCUCCUCUCGGACGGGCGUUCCACCAUGGCCGCUUCGUGAUGAAAUUGCGGGAGGCGGCGCUCGCCUGCCCCAACGUCACGGUCAUUGAGACUACCGCAACUUCGCUGGUGAUGUCGUCGACAAAGCCGUCGCAAGUUCUCGGUGUGGAGUGUGUCACGAACGAUCUCAAAGACUGCUACUUCGCCCAGCUCACCGUCGCCGCUGACGGCUACGCCUCCAAGUUCGGCAAGAUGUACCACCCGCACACCCCCAAGCGCCGUUCGAAGUUCUACGGCCUCGAGAUGAUCGACGCUACCCUCCCCUCACCAUGCUACGGCCACGUCCAGCUUAGCGACAACCCGCCCGUCCUCAUGUACCAGAUCGGAACCCACGAAACCCGCAUCCUAAUCGACAUCCCCGAAAACCUUCCGGCCGCGUCUGUGAAAAAUGGCGGUGUCAAGGGCUAUAUGAAGAAUGUCAUUCUUCCCUCGCUCCCUAAGGGUGCUCAGGCAUCGUUCGAGGCGGCCCUGGAGAAGGGCAACCUGCGGUCAAUGCCAAAUUCAUUCUUGCCCGCCGCAGCCAACAAAAUACCCGGUAUGAUGAUUCUGGGUGAUGCGCUCAACAUGCGGCAUCCUUUGACCGGUGGUGGAAUGACUGUCGCGCUCAAUGAUGUGUGUGUCAUUCGCGAGCUCCUGAGCCCCGAGACUGUUCCCGACCUGGGAAAUACCACCCUGGUCUUGAAACAACUCGCUCGAUUCCACUGGGCCAGGAAGAACUCUUCGUCUGUCAUCAACAUUCUCGCGCAAGCUCUAUAUUCCCUCUUUGCUGCUGACGAUGUCAACCUCCGCGCUCUCCAACGAGGCUGCUUCCGCUAUUUCCAGAUCGGUCCCGUCGGGGGGCCUGUUGGUCUUCUCGCCGGCCUCAUCAAGCAACCUCUUAUCCUCUUCUCUCACUUCUUCACCGUAGCGUUCCUCUCCAUUUGGGUCCUAUUCCGUGAUACCCCUCUGACACACCUCAUUCUCUUCCCAUUCCGGUCUGUCAUGGUCUUCUGGACAGCCUGUGUUGUAAUUUUCCCAUACAUCUAUGCCGAAAUUUGGUACUAA